AUGCAAGCUCUAAAUAAGAACACAACAAACUUUUCAAACUAUUCUAAGAUAUCUGAGUCAUUGAAAGAAGGAAACUUAAAACUGACAAUAAACCCAAUGACAGAUGAGUUUCUGUUUCAAGACAAUAAGAACCAUACUGUCUGUAUAAAUCCAACAAAAGGAAAUUUAAACGAGAAACCUAUAAAUGAACUUCUUUUGAAAGCAGAUGUUGACAACAAAGCUGACAAAGAAUAUGUAGACGAUGCAAUAGCAAAAGAAGAAGAAAGAGCUAACAAUGCUUAUGCAACAAAAGAACAUACUCAUCCUGAACUAGCAGACAAAACAUAUGUUGACAAUAAAAUGUCAAGUGAAGUGACAAGAGCUGAAAACGAAUAUUCUAAAAAGACUCAUACACAUUCUAUAUCUGAAAUAACAGACUUAAACGUUAGCCUUGAAAAGAAAGCGGAUGAGGAAUAUAUGGCUAGUAAGUUAGAGAAGAAAGCAGAUAAGGAAUAUGUGGAUGAAAAAGAUAAUGAAAUUAUAGAAAGGGCUGAAUGGUAUCAUGAAUGGACAUCGAAGAUUUUAAAAACUAAAGCUGAUACAGGAUGGGUUUCAGGAU